AUGAAAGGAAUCAUUGAGGCAGAUGGUCAAGAGGCUCCGAAUGUGAACAAGAAGCGGAGAAUGAAAGCGCUGGUGGGCAGAGAGUCGGACUGUAAUUACAACAUGAUCAGUAAAGGGAAGACGUUAUCAGUGGAAGAAGUUUUCAUUGACGAGGAUCUUGCACGCUUAUCAUUCCAGACAACUCCUGUCUAUGUUAAUGUGGAUGAUGGGAGGACAAAGGUCACUAAUAAAGGGCUGCAGCGAGGUUAUUGUGUUGUGCCAAGUGCAAAGGAAUCCGUUCUUCUGUUUUCUUUCUUGAAGAAGAAUCUGUCAAAGAAAGUGAUGGUUUUCUUCUCUUCAUGUAACUCAGUGAAGUGCCAUUCAGAACUUCUCGGACACAUUCAGGUAGAUUGCCUUGAUAUUCAUGGGAAGCAAAAGCAGCAGAAGCAAACCUCCACCUUCUUUGAUUUUUGUAAAGUCGAGAAAGGCAUCUUGUUAUGUACCGAUGUUGCUGCUCAUGGUCUGGACAUCCUCGAUGUGGACUGGAUGUGUCAAAAGGUGAGUAAGGUAAAAUCAGGCCGUGGGACCCACUCUUGCAUGGCAUGCAUGGUCACCUCUGGACCACAUGCCACCUACUGUUUCAUUACCUUUGAUUUUGAAAAUGAUUUCCCAAAUCCCAUUUUGUGA